AUGGUCAUGAGCACAAAGCUUCGUAAAAGAGCUGUUCGACCGCGUCAUCAACCACAACAUUUCGAGGUGUCUACAUUCCGUGUCAUUCCUAAAAACGAACGCUCGAGCAAAAGAGAAGUCAAAGAAAGCUUCGACUCCAUGACACCGAUAUCACUGCCGUCGCUGCGCCUAGAUCCACUGGGCUCCCUGAGUAUGCAUGCAGCCCGUCUGCCACAGCUUCCGUCAACCAAGACGCUCUCGCCCGAGCGCUUUGACACGCUGCCCACACUCUCAAAGCGGUUGUGCCAGCGCCCCGUAGCCAUCCCCCAGAGUCGCCAUAGCAGCGCCGCCGUCGCCCCGCAGCAGGCUAAACUUGCGUGGCGCUCGACACUGACGCCUGAUCAGGCUGCAGCACUCGCCAUCGCGCGUCGAGAAACAGGAUACGGAUCCUCCGCUGUCCAGAACGCCAGUAACAAGCUCAAUGGUACGUCAUAUGCAGCACCCACCGGCGCAUCCGCAGCUGUUUCAGAGGACUGGAAGAAGGCACGCAGGAAAGAGCAGUGCCGUAUCAAUCAGGCCAACUACAGGAAACGAAAACGCCAGUACGAGCAGAAGGUUUCGGGCGAGAUGAGAGCGCUGGAGAAAGAUAUCGAGCAGCUAGAGACCCACCGCGCAGCAAUCUCCAGCAGUGGGCGACCGAACCCUAUUCAGGCCGUUGGCGACCUCUACUACGCAGUCGGUGUGGCGGGCGAGCAACAGAAACUUGACCUGCACAACUUCCGUUUGGCAGACGGCAGCUCCCCGGCGUUGCAAUGUCUGUUGGACCUCCAGAGAGAGGAGUUCGACUCAGUUGAGUCCCUCAAGCUACACUGGCUCUGGUACCGUGAGCAAUUCCGGAUCUUCCAGCUCUCUAUCGCCUCGUGCGAACGGUUAGAAGCAGGCGAGCACGUGAUCAUAAAGAUCACGGGGCAGCUUCAACUGGACGUCUACUACGAAGCACAGCAGCAGCGGGGACAGGGGAGCCAAGGGUACGGCGCAAUUACGUGCCCUUUUAUUCAGCAGUUUGAGCUAGAGACAGGCGAGCAGGUUAUCACCCGCAUCACGUCCGAAGUGGACCUCGUGGCCGGAGUCACAGCCGCCCAGGACCAGAGCGCCCCGAGCUGCACCCUCAGCGUCUUGCGCUGCCUUUCCGAGGGUUUCUCCAUGUCGAACCGCUACCACACCUUGUAAAGUCACUGGAUAACUCAAGUCAAACCAAUUUUUUUUAGCAUAACAUGUAGACGAGUUGGAAGUUGUACUUACAGUGUAUGAUGCACGUGUACUGUACUACAUUCGAGUGGCUCGUAUAGAAAAGAAUGCACCAAAGUAGGAUACAUGUAUACUCAACAGUACACGUAUGCUUUGAAUCUA